CGCGUUCCAAGACUCAUCGAAACCGCCCGCGUGUUAACGUCUUCUCCAAAUUCACUUUCGAUGUUUAUGUUACACGAAAAUUUGAAUCUCUCGAUUUGUCAGUGCGGCUCGGAGCUUGGAAAUAUUUGCAAGUAACGAGACGAAUGUCGAUCGAUCGAUUGAUCGGUCGGUUGGUUUUGUUGUCUACUUGCCACUUGUUUAUUAUUGUUCAUCGUUCGUCAUUCGAUCAACGUUAUUGACAACAGUGGCAUGUGCAUAAAAAUGCCAACUGUCGCACUUGAAAGUUAAGGUAUCGCGUCACACGCGGCGUAAUCUCAUCGCGAAUCGUGUCAUCCAGUGCAAUUAGAAAUUAAGCAAAGCUUCGGACAAAGACGAGAGAGAGGAUGUUGUCGACUCCAAAAACGAAAGGUGACCUAUUUCUGGCCUCGUCUCUCUGCGAUGGACUCGAGGACAAUAACAUAAGGCAAGUGGCAACGCUCCUGUUAAAUAAAGAUGCAGAUCCUAAUGUCUUGAUUCCAACGCACGGAGUUACUCCGUUUCAUUUAGUUAUCGGUAACGAUUCGGAAGAAUUUGCUGAAGAAGUGACCAAGCUCUUCCUGCGUCACGGUGGCAAUCCCAAUGUGAGAUCAGGGGACGGGAUGACUCCGGUUCACGUGGCAGCAGCCUGGGGCAGAGUAAAUAUACUACAGUUACUUUUGGCGAAUGGUGGUGAUCCGUUAAGUUUGGACAAUGACGGACGUAGUCCAUUUCACUAUGCCUUUGAUGGCAAGUAUUUCAAAGCCGUAACAAUGCUCGCAAAUCACUGUGAGAAUACUCGAGACGAGGAUGACGAGCCAAAGUAUAAUUUGGUACUUGACAAGGUUGUAGUUACUAAUGGGGACAUGGUUGCCGAGUACAUUGCGUCGAGAGAUCCCGCAUUAGAUGUAGACAGCAUGACAAUGCGAAAGGAUUGUUCCAACUGUAAGCCAGACUCCUCCUCGAUGGUUGUAGAUUCGAGCCAGCGCCGUGUGCCAGAUGUACGUCCCGUUAUGGAAACCACUCGUAUAUCAACUGCUCGAAUGCAGAGUAAUUGUUUGCAAACUGAUAAGAAGCAAGUGCUAAAUUACUCGUUUGUUGAUCUCGACUUUGACUUUGCGAAUCUACAUCUUUUCGAUGUCAUGCAAAAGGAAAAGUGUCUCGUCAGUCGUAUCAUUAAGCGGCUUUCUUCGUCGUUAACAAGUAACUGCGCUAUUAACGAGACCUUACACAAUUACAAAAGAAAGAAACGAAAGGAAAGGAGUCGAGCAACAGGUAACUCCGACACGUACCAUCUAAAGGGAGAUACAGGUGCAAGUUACAAAUGUAAAUAUUAUCCAAGAAAAUCAAAGGAUUGUCCAUAUAAAAUGGAGAGCAAUCCUGAAAAUAAGGUUGCCUGGACACUUGGCACUCCGAGCACUAGGAGACACUACGUAAAGUAUAAUGUGCAAAACUCUUGCAAAAAGAAGAAAGAGUGCAGAGAUAUCUCUGGCGAAAUUUUCUCAACGCCAGCUCGUAUCCACGAUAAUUCUAUCAUUAGCAUGUCGCCGAACUUUAACGCGUCUGGUCAUAGAAAGAGAAUGAGCAUUUGUAAAUUAACACCGUCGAAUAUUUGCAAUGAUUCUAUUGUUAGCAAAUCGCCUAAUUUUACCCCAAUUUGCGCGAGGAAGAGAAAUCUAACAAAGCCGUCACGUGUGGAUUCCCUCAAAGUAUUGGAGAGAUCUCCCAAACGCAAAACCCAAAUGCAAUAUUCGAAAUUUAAUUGGUACGAAAAAUACGUCGCUCAGUCAACACCAAGAAGAAAGAAACGAUCGAUCUACAAGUUUCAUUCUGGGAGAAAAAAGUUGGAUUCUUAUCGGUAUGAAAGCGAUGUCACUUCUGAUGAAUUUACUUGUAAUAAUGUAUUAAAGCCAGUUGAUUUGGAUAAAACGGUCUUUUUCAAGACAGCCGAAGAUACAACUCGUUAUGACAUUCUAGAUACGAGUAGCGAGCUUUCAUCGUCAGACUUAAAAAAACGUCCGAAAGCGAAACGACAAAAUCAAUAUAACAAACAUUUGGCAAUAAAGUUGGAUGACGGAAAAUACGACGAGAAUGACGUGACAAAUAAUAACGGUAAUGUAAGUGAUUUGGACGUAGCAAGUAGCAGCUUUAAUGAGAUUGCAAAAGAGAAGAAAUCCGUUGAGAGAUAUGUAACAUCUGAGGAUAAUGAAAGAAGUGCUGGAUUUAUAACAGGCAGAAAAAGUAUUUUUAACAUUGACAAAACGCUGGAAAAAUCCAUAGAUGCUAAUAAUAUAAAAUCUAUAUAUACAACUGACAAGUCUGAUUCGUUGCACAAGAGCAAUUUUGUAGACUGUGUCGAUUGUGAUAUCAAGAGAUUAUUAAAUGAAGAUUUAAAUAUGAAUAUAAGCAAGACUUGUAAUUUACAUGCCAAAAAUUGGUACAGCGAUAGAUUUCACGUAUAUCCGUUACAUAAAUGGUCUGUAGCAAAUUUACCUAUACGAUGCAAGCAACAAACUCAUUUACCAGUUUCCCAAGAGUCCUCGAGUUCCUCGACAAGUGCGAAUUCCAACAAGACGGGAGGUUUACUGAAAGCAAAAGACUCGGAUACGUAUGAAACUGCAGAUAACUCGUCUUCGCUUUCAUACGUCAGUACUCGAGAAUAUAAAUAUGAAGAUCCAGAGGAAGGUGUAGUUUUAUUAGAAAGGCGACUUUGUGUAACGCCACUUGGUAGUUUCAACAACAGUCAGUGCGACGUCAGAAACAAAACGACCAUGUCUGGUACUUGGAAUAGUGCAUUCAAGUGCAUUUCUCAAAGUUUACCAAAAGAGAUAUUCUUUGUCGACGAUGACACUCUUAGACGAGAGCUUAGACAGCUUGGCGAUCAACCUGGGCCAAUCACCGAUACAACUAGACAGCUUUAUCAAAAGCGUCUUUUGCGCUUAAGAAGCAUCAGGGGUGCUAAUCCUGCCGAUGCAGAACUGAUACCUGCAAAUCUGCAGAAUGUUGCGAGAGAUCGCACCUCGAGGCUAAGCAACCAAAUCAGAUCUUAUCUAAAAUUUGGAGAUUGGAUAAAUCACCUGGAUACUUACAAAAGUCUGGAGAAGCAAGUAUUUCAAGAGUUUGCGUCGCCAGACCCUUCUCGAAGAUGGCGCGAGGGCACAUCGAAAACAUCUUUCACCUAUUUGCUGUUAGACCCGCGUGUAACGCAAGACCUGCCAAAUCGUAGUGCUUAUCUUGGAAAAUCAGAAGCUUGGUCAAUUUUCCUUAGUGCUAUAUUUUACAUCGGCAAAGGCAAACGGUCCAGACCUUUCGAUCAUCUUUACGACGCUUACAGAGCACGGGUGGCUGGCUCGGCCGCCGGUACAAAUAGAAAAAUCAAUUGCAUCCUCGAUGUAUGGAAGAGCGAUCACGGUGUGAUUUGUUUGCAUGUUUUUCAAAAUGUUAUUCCGGUAGAGGCGUAUACAAGAGAGGCCGCCAUGAUAGAUGCGAUAGGAAAGGAACACUUGGGAAACUCGAAAGGUGGGGAGUACUAUGGCAUCGCGGCGACAUUGGGCAUGCAGCAGAAACAGAAGUUUGGUAGAUACUUGUUGUACAAAGCUUUACAAAUCUUUCUGCAGGAGGGAGAGCGUCAGCUCUUCCCUGAAAACUUGUAUUGACAAAUUUUACUGCCGCGUCACAGACCAUGGUAGAUAUAUGAAUUCCUUGGUGUACAGAUAUAAUGCCUGACGACGUCUCAUAGUAAUUGUGUGCAAUUUGACAAGAUAUUUGUAAGACGAGCUGCUCCGAGCGGGGAAAGAAUUAAGCUAAUUGAAAUUCGUUCAACUUGUAUGAACUUGUAUGAACUUGUAAAAUAUGAAAUAGUAAGUUAUCGAAGGGAAUAAACACGCCAAGUGUA